ACAUCUGUGCUUGUGAAAAACUCAUAAAACAACAACAAAAUGAGUUCGAUACCGGCAGAAAUACCGCUGGACCGCAAAUUAACAGAAAUUUUCGACGAAGGCUACCAAAUGAUGAAUGACCCUGGGGAUUACAACACUCCACGCGCUUCAACGGAAUUUCAAGUAAAGAUGAAGAAAUGUAUCGGAUUAUUCGAGGAUGCUACUCGUCUUGUCAGCUUGGUGGGGAUGUUUAGUAGCAAUGAAUCUGUCGAGGAAAUUCCUACAGAAAACUUGCGCUACUUGCUGCUACCAUUUUACCUCGGACAAAUGACUCAAAAGCUGUGUAACGUUGACCGAGAGCAAGUAGUUGAGGUGGCCGAGGUUUAUUUCAAAGAUUUCCUGUCGCGCUGUGAAAACUAUCGCUUGUACGAGAAAGCGGAUACCGAAUCUGACUCCACCCGGGAACUAUCCACACUAUUUCCCCAAGCACAAAGUGCGCAACUCCAAGAACUAAAUCGCUUGGGCCAUGAGAGGAAUGAAAAAAUUCGUAAAUAUCAAGAAAAAAAGGAGCUAGAAAAUACGAUUGAACAGCUUCGAAAGCUUUUGGAGCAGCGAGGCGAGACAGUGGACGAUGAAACAAAGCGCGAGUUUUACCUGAAGCUGCUGAAAUCUUCCAUAGGAACUGCACAGGAAGAGCUCGAGAGUAUUGCUAAGGAGCGGCAAGUUUUGGCAUUCAUGAAACAACGGAAGGAUAACAAUGGCGACGGUGCGGAACCUGCACUGCCGAAACAGAAAUUCCAUCCGAUACCGCUCAAGCCAAUAAUUAUCACAAGGGAUGCGGUACAGAAGGCGGUAUACGGUAAAGGUUAUCCAAGCCUGCCUACUAUGACGGUGGCCGAGUUUUACGAGCAGCGUGUCGCAGAAGGUAUAUUUCCGGAUCCCGAAAAGAUGAAGGAGGUCAACAAGAACUCGCUAAUGAACAAGGUUUUCCAAGACAACGCAGCCGAACAGGACAAGGAAGAUGAAGCGAAUGAAAAGCUUGAAGAACAGGAUGAUGAGGAGUAUUUGGCCCGGCAGCGGGCAAAGGAUGAGUUCAAAGAUGAACAUAGGCGAGGCGAAGGCAAUCGAUAUAAUAGAAGCUAGAGCGAACAACAUCUUUUUGUCGAGGAUUCUGAAGGGCCAACAUAGAUCAAAUCAUAUUCACCGCUACCACUGAGUAACUUUUGCAUGCGUAAAUUAAGCAACGAAACACUAAGGCUACGAUUUUUGUUUUGGUCGGUCCAUGCUCAUCGGAAUGCUUCGAUCAAGUUCGAACAUAAUUUAACUUGUAACCUUUUUCCCCUGGAAAGACUUUUUUCAAUGAAUGAAUACACUCAAUAAUCUAU